CACAGAGCCAAAAGGUUUGAGGAGAAGGACAGCACACACAGCUGACCACACAGCUGCGUCCUCUCUUCUCUGUGUGCAUGUAAUGCAUUGGAAACCAAAUAGAAAAGAAAGCUCACCCAUUUUUUAAAAAUCCUCUCCUUUAAUUCAGGGUACUAAGCCCGUAAAGACCUUCAAUUUGACGUGGACCUCUGGAAGUUUCUUCUUCAAAAGGAUUUGUUUUUCAUUUCUCUCCAGACUUUUGUGAUGGCUUUUAACUUUUUUUUUUCUUUUUUUCAAUGGUCCAUCGGCAAGUUUUGGAAACUGUGAUGUGCUCCUGUGCCUAUUUGCAGGCCCACUAUAAAUAGUACAGCAGCCUUCGCAUGCUCAUGUUUGAUUGGAAAUUGCAGUGGCUGAAGGCAGUGCAGAGGGGUGUCUGUCAAAGGAGGCAGAGACACUUGUGAAUGCUCUUAUUAAUCUCUCUGGAAAGCCCCCCGCGCCCCACAAAAAACGGACAAAACAAACUCUUUUUCUCCUGGAGUAUUACUUUAUCUUGUGGAAAAUGGAUUCACGGAGGACGACGUCGCGCUCCUCCUUUGGCAAUGGAAGAUCUAACAGUGGGGAUGAUAUGAGUGGGAGCAGCCGGUCCAGUAGCUGCAGCUACCUUUCUAACGUGCGGCCAGAGAACAGGAGCACACUGUGCAGCAUGAUGGCACAGUUAACUGAGGAAACUCAGCCCUCCUUCGAAACAACCCUCAAGUCAAGAGCUGUGUCUGAGAACUGCAAUGUGAAGUUCACCUGUGUGGUUACAGGAUAUCCUAUUCCUCAAGUCAUGUGGUACAAGGAUGAUGUGCAGUUGGACAGAUACUGUGGACUGCCCAAAUAUGAAAUUUUCCGCAAUGGACAGAACCAUUCCCUGCACAUCUACAACUGCACUGUGGAGGACGCAGCUAUAUACCAGACCUCAGCCAGCAACAGCAAAGGCAUCGUGUCCUGCUCUGGGGUUCUGGAGGUGGGCGAAAUGAACGAGUUCAAGAUCCACCAGCGCUACUUCGCCAAACUCAAACAAAAGGCAGAGAGCAGACGCAGCGAAGCGGAAGGCAAAGAAAACCAGGAGCCGCUACGAACCAUCAGUCCGGACCGCACACAGAGGAAGCGUCGCUCCACAAUGGAGGCCUUUCUCAGCACGCCGAGCUCCACGGGGGACGGGGGCGCCGAGGACAGCCUUCAGGCUGCACCUGUGGAGACCGUAGCCAGGUUACAGGAGGCGACUGUGGAGCAGGCGGAGGAGAAGCCAGUUGGCGUCGCUAAUGGAGCGGUGUCGGCUGUGACUAAUGGACAGGUGUGUGAAACUGGUAACAAGAGCGGGACGUUUACGUACGACUCUUCCCAGAAGGUUUUUAUCGCACACCAACCCAAGACCCCCUUUGUCAAAAAGAAGAUUAAAAUGUCCAACAGUCCACCAGGAGAGCUGCCAUCUGAGGGCAGAAGGGCAAAAGAUGAGACCCUAACCUCUCUGAGUCUGGCGUGCACAGAGCCGGUUCCCUCAGAGGGGAAUUCAGAGGAGUUUAUGGAUGUAGACAACAUGGUUACUUCAUCAGCGGAGGACUCAAGGAAGGUGUCAGAACGACAUCAGAAAUCAGAAACUGAAAGAAAACACUCAAAGGGUAAAAAUGUACGUGUUGAGGUCGCUGUUCUUUCACAGGAAGGGCCGCUUCCUACCUCAGUACCCGCUGCUGCUUUCACCAGUCAUACUGUUUCAGGAACUAAAACAGGGGGAGUACUGAGUGGUGAAAGGCCUUUAAAGGAGGGACAUACUUUUGUUGGGGUAGCUGUUCCUUUAGAGAAAGUACAACUUCCAAACUCAGUACCCGCUGCUGCUUUUACGAGUCCUACUGUUUCAGGAUCUGAAGGUAAUGAAACAGAACAACAUUUUGAAAUGCAGCAACAAAGUCCACACUUGACCUCAUCACAUCCACAGUCAAGUGCUGCAACAGCACCACCCCGAAGCACAGUGAAAGGUUACGUUUCUAAGACGGCACGCGUUGAAGUCAUGGAUGUGGAUGAGAAGUUACACGCUCCCACUGGUGAAUCUUUAGCACGCGGGGACAUUGUGUCGGUGAACACACCACGUGAGAGCACGACCUCUUCGCUUCCACGUGAACAAGCAGGACAUCGGCUGCCUGCGAAGGAAACAAGCCCCGCCCAACGGAAUGUGCCUGUGUCUCGCCCAGCGCCGCUGAACGAGGUUACACAGGCCCACACAAAGAUGAAGAGGAAUGAUGCACCUGUCGGCCUUGGGCUUCCCCCCAACCAGAUGGGUGCGCAACCACCACAAAAGACCAGAUCAGAAGGAGAGGCGGUGGCAGAUGACACCCAGACCCCGUUGUCGCACUGUGGUCUGCAAGCAGCGAUUGAUAAAAUUACACAGGACACAUGGGACCAUUCCAGGGGAUCAAAUGAAAGCCAUAGGGCCCUUUUUACAGACAUACAGAAGUCCUCCCUGCAAAGCCCUGGUGGUGGUGAGAACUUCCAAGGGUGUAACGUUUCUCCCUGCGCCCAGCAGAGCCAAUUUAAUACAGCUAUAAAAACUGUUGAAGGGACAGAAUUACAAGUUGAUGAGAAAGUCGAAGGCAAAAAGGUAGGUAAGGUGUUCCUGGAGUCUGACAGCGUGGCUCCAAAUGAGAAGAUAGUUGAGAUGGAGACUAAAAGUACUGUCCUGCAUAUGAUUGAACACAAAGAAGCAGAAAAGACCAAAGACGCAACCGAUAAAGAGGGUGAAUCCAAUAAAGAAACUGAGAAGAAUGAGCACAUGCUAGAAAUGAAAGAGGAAACUAUUUCAACAACAAAGGAUCUACACUCAUCUAUGUUGGAGCCUGCAAUCCCACUCCAGAAAAAACCCUCAGAACACACAAAAAAUAAACUCAGGAUUAAAGAGAUCCAGGUAAAACCAAAUGACAUACAUGUAGCUGUACUUUUGGCAUCACAAAUAAAGGCUCUUGAUUCGGUGCUAUUAAAUUCAGUGACCGCCUUACCGGUUCAUGCUUGUUUUGUACAAGAUCCAACUACAACUGUGACAGAAGCACGUGAGGAGUUAAAAGAAGAUCACAGUAAACCAACAGAGAAGAAGUUGAUGUCUGACAGGGAAACUGAUACAAGUGUAACUCCUCCCAGAAACACAAAAGGAACCCUCAUUGACGUUUAUAACCAACUAAAUAAAACGGAUCAUCAACAGAGUCAGUCUCAAUGUGCAACCUCACAGCAUGUUCAGGCUUUACAAAACCCAUCUGUAAUCCCCCCAAUCUCUGUCAUAGACACCGGCUCCACUACAGAGACUGCAGGACUUCAUGGUAGUGACAGAACAUAUCAUGAUGGUGUCAUGGACAUUAGCCAGGAAACUGGAGCCUCAACUCAGGUUCCUCUUAAAGAUUCCCCACUUUUUUCCCUUUCUCAAAGCGAAAAUGUAAAACAAAUUCAUACCCCUUUGAACUCUAAGGAUGCACUGACCAAAAGACUUUCAUCUGGAACUGUCUCACGAGAACCUGGGACUCCACUCGCACUUACACCCCUCAAGCACAGGGAUCAAGAGUCAAGUAAUGCAGUUUCGGAGCGUGCCAAAUGUGAAUCUGUUCACGGCAAAGACAUCCAAGCUUCACUAAAGUUAACCACAGAAACUACACUCAACUACCAAACACCAAAGGGGAUUAAUGAUAUUAAUUCCACAACUCUAGAUCAAGGCGAAAUGGAAGAACGCGACUCAAACAGCAGUCCUUUGCAGAUGUUGGCCGCUGAAAGUGUACAUGGAACAGAUACACAAGAAAAUACUCAGCGAGAGAGCUCAAGAGUUGAGGAAUUUUCAAGGGCCGACGUUUCAGGCAAUCCAACCUCUGGUGCUAGUCCAUUGUCAAAGACACGAGACUCUGCUUCCCCUAUUCCUUCUGCUACUCCACAAGAACUGGCGUCUGGGGCCCGGCGCAAAAUAAUCGUUCCCAAAGCCAAAACCGAUGAGGCCUUAGAGGUCACGUUACAGGUUGAUAACCCCACUCAGACAAAGGAAGAUCCUUCAGAGAGCAGCAAGCCUUCCGCCAAUCCCGUACCCCUCGCCACAUCUCCAAGGCCGUCAAGGAGGUCACCUCUACUUCGGCCCCCUGUGGAGCAGACCAGUCCUGCAGCAAGACGUUCUCCGCUCUUGAGCAGGAGGAAGAUGGCCUCUGAGUCUCAAGCACCAAGUCAACCGCCCACUGAGGAUAUCCACGUCCCAAAGACUCAGGGGAAACCGGCGGAGAAGGAGAAGCACGACCCAUUCAAAGCACCUCAAGUUAUUCGUAAGGUCAGGGGUGAAACGUUUGCCGAUGCCUCCGGACACUUAAAACUGUGGUGCCAGUUCUUCAAUGUACUCAGUGACUCUACAAUCAAAUGGUACAGAAAUACAGAGCCAAUUGCUCAGAUUAACGUAAACGCAGGGGAUGAAACUCAGGUCAAUCUUGCAAUUGUUCAGGCCACCUGCAAAGACUCUGGUGUUUACAGCUGCACGAUCACUAAUGAAUAUGGGACCAAAUCAACAGACUGUCUCCUUAGUGCAGAUAUCUUGGCUGGAAUGUUCCUACGUGAGGACCUUGGUGUUGGAGAAGAGAUCGAAAUGACACCCAUGAUAUUCAACAAGGGUGUGGCGGAUUCAGGCGUCUGGGGUAACACAUUUUUUGGACGUAUAAUGAUGCAGGAAUCUCAUAUUGGAGAUGGGUGUGCUCGUAAAGUCUGGAGGGCAAAGGUCAUCUAUGGUCUGGAGCCUGUGUUUGAGUCCGGAAAACCGUGCAUCAUCAAAGCAUGCAACCCCAUCGCCUACGGAGGUAAAGCAGAAAGCUCCCUUAUAGACAGGAACCUGGACAUUGUGAAGCAGGAGUGUAAAAUUCAGAACUUGGCUCGGGAAUACUGCAAAAUCUUCUCCGCUGAGGCAAGAACGAUUCCAAACUUCGGCCCUGGAAUUGAGGUGAUCCCGGUCUACCUGAUGUACCGACCAGCAAACCCGGUCCCUUAUGCCACAGUGGAGGCUGAUCUGUCGGGGGUCUUUCAGAAAUACUCCACCCUCGAUCAUUCAGGCGCAAUAGACAUGCGGUCAGGCUCUGAGGCAGAAAAGAAGUGCUGUGCGCUGCAGCACUGGAUCUUUCAGUGGACCAAUGGCAGUCUGCUACUCACUCGACUCGAAGGUGUUGACACCAAGAUCACCAAUGUUGGGAUUUCAGUGAAAUCAACGGGGCAUCAAGGUCUGUCUGUUGAAGGGAAUCCCAAAGUUUUUGAGCAGUUUGUCUCCCAGCACCGUUGCAACUACUUCUGCGGUCUGCUCAGCCUGAGGUCACUGAAGGUCAUGGACUGUUUACCGACACCAUCGAAGCCGAAGGGCUCCCGGAGUCCAUUGCUCCAACGCAAAAUGGCCGGCGGCUCCUCCAGCCCUCAGGCCGGCCGCAGAGCUGCUGGAAGCCCCCGACUGCCCAGGAAGACUGAGCAAGAGGGAAGAAACACCCCCACUGAAGAAAAGGCUGCUCCAAAACUUGUCGUCCUAAACGGGUAAAGGUUCACUGUAUCAACACUGUUGGGUGAAACAAAAUAAGCCUGAUUACGCCUCUGUUUUUGAAAGAAGUAUAAGACCCUUACAGAGACCAGGAAAGAGAUUAAUAUAUAGUGUUUGACAGCCACCAUUCCUCCAAUAUCAAUCAGAGUGGAUUGAUGUCCUCACGUGUUGUGGUUAUUGUCUUUUGUUUCCUACAUUCAACCAAUCUUGGGAUUGAUACAGUGAAGUAAAGUGAGAAGAAGCUUUCCUGGGAUUGUAUUCUAUCAAUCCAUGUACCAUUGCAUGUCACAGAUUGUGAAUCCCAAUCCCAGGACAGUCUAUUUGUACUGAAUGUAUUUACAAGACAACACUUUUUGAACUGAAUUAGAAUAUUACGAGGUUUAUUGUAGUAAUCUGAAUGUAGGGCAUUUGCCAUGUCAAUAGCAAAGUUGAGCUAUAACGGAUGCACAGUACAGCACAUUGAGUACACGCUGUGAGUAAACAAACCAAAUGUUUUGGUUAUGUAUCAAGCCAAAUGUAGCGUCAAAUGACACUGUUGUACGGUGGCAAAUGGUGCUCUGCUUUUAUGUUGUAACCUGUCAUGUUUACUUGCUGUUCUACAUUGCACUGCAUUUUGCAAACUGCACAUUUUAUUUGACUUUGACUGAAUAAAAAAAUAUAAUGAUGCUUAGUAUGUCUGUGGAAACCGCCUGUAAAGGUGCAUGAUGUGCUUUUUGAA